UGGCACUGCCAGAUCCACUGGGCAGCGACGAUAAUGGCGGUAGCAUCAUCCUCCACCUCAUCUACAACCCAUGUCCUCCACCGCGUCUUUCGCCCACCCCCACCACAACCACCAUUACUUUCCUUCUUCAGACCUCUUUCCACCACCACCGCUGCUAGCAUCACCAGAAAAGCUACUCUCUUCAAGUGCCAAAAUACUCAACUUCAAAUUAGUUCGUCAACCACCCUCUUCUCUUUUCUGCUUUCACCGCCCAUUACUCCUCAUACUUUCCUCUUUUCGCACUCUCUAUCCACUUCUCUCUCUGCCCCACCUAAUGCCUUUAAUCCCUCCCUUUCUUUAGAGGAAGAAAUAGAUCAAGAACAAGAUAAUGAUGGGGAAAUUGAAUAUGAUGAUGAGGAGGAAGAUAUUGAUAGUGGAAGUGAAAACUUAGAAUUGGAGGUCAGUGCUAUUUCUGUUGACGCUGGUGAUGGUUCCUGUAAAGAAGGGUCGAAGAGAAAUAGUUCAAAAGUACCGAAUUUGACAGUGAAGGAAAAGAAAGAGUUAGCUUCUUAUGCGCAUGGAUUGGGUAAGAAGCUCAAGUGCCAGUUAGUGGGCAAGUCUGGUGUUACUGAAAAUGUUGCCACUUCUUUUAUUGAGACACUUGAAGCCAACGAGCUAUUGAAGAUCAAAAUACAUAGGACAUGUCCAGGGGAGCUGGAGGAUGUGGUUCAGCAGUUGGAGGAAACAACUGGGUCUGUGGUGGUUGGUCAAAUCGGUCGGACAGUGAUUGUAUACCGGCCCAGUCUCUCUAAAUUGAAGGCGGAGGAGGAGAAAAAGAAACGGGUGCAUAGAGUUUUUGUGAGAAAAGAAUCAAAAUUGAAGCCUGUUUCACUGCCAGGAGGAAAACUACCAAGGCUGUCUGGUCGUGGUCGUCGGGGGAGUAGCAGGAUAUGAACAGUAUUAUUUUCUGUUUCUCUCUUCUUGGAAAUAUUGUGCAGCCUAUUAAAGGCCAUUACUUGAGAAAUUCCAACAUAAUUGAUUUUUGGAAUUUUAGCAUUGGCAAAGAAAGUGACUAAAGGAGCUUUUUGGUUAUUAGGAAUGAAUUUGUAAGCACUAUAAAUAUCAUGUAUUUGAAAAAUACAAAAUGGGUUUAA